UGUAAACAUUUCUGAAUGUUUUUACAGUCUUAAUUAAUACUUAAAAUGUCUGAAUCAUGUCUUACUGAGUUAACUAGACCUCUAAAUAUUGGUCAUUUGGGUUGAAAGAGUCUUAAAGAGCUGUCAGCAUUUGGAUGUAUGUGGGGGAAUGAGAACUGGAAGCAGAUGAGCAGGGAAAGUCACCACUUCUUUUUGGUAGCUUUUUCCCCCCUCUAGGUUUAAAAAAUAUCUCUAAAUCCUAAGCAUGAGACAGUUCUGUUACUUUAUUACAGGGAUUCACAGAGAUAGGCUAUUUGAGUUGGUGGGAAGUUAUACUUAACAUAAUGUAUUUAAUCCAAGGGAAUCCCAGAUAUCUUCUAAAAAUCAGCCUUCCUUCACUAUCUGGCCUUAGUGAAAGACUAGUAGAAAGUUGCCAGCAGAUGCCUCGCUCCUGGGGAGAGACCAUCACUGCAGUGACCGUCUAGAGUGCUGCCUUGGGGUGUGCGGAGAGUGCAGUUGGGGCACAGAGAUGAGGUGCUUAGUCCAAUUUGCAGCCUUUUAAAGGGUUCCUGGAAAGAAUGAGAUCUUAGAAUAAGUGUAUGUGUGUGUAAGAGUGACCUGACCUAGCAAUGUUGAAGGCCCUCUGGAUAGAGGGACCAGCAGGUGUCAUGGGCCUGUCCAUCCCCAGACCUGUCACUGCAGGAGAUGGCAUGCUUGACAGGCACAUGGCUGCCUCCAGGGCCCAGGGACCCUGUCCCUACAAGAUGAUAGGAGAAGUCAGAAAAAUAACAACAACAACAACACAUGUAGAUAGAUUAUAAUCUAGAAGAGCCCAGAGGAGAGAAACUUUUCCCGACUACACAUGCAUCCUUCAGAAAUUUUGAUCCGUGUUUUGGAGGUGAUCAUAUCACCCUCAGCCCCUGAAUUAUUAUGAGUUUGUUGGAUCCCUCAGGUUGUUGAGCAGAAGGAGAAGAUGGAUCAUCCUUGCUAUAUAGUUGAUGGUGAUCCAUUAAGUGUUUAAAUGAUUGGGAUUGUGAUUUAAAAGUAAGUUCACUUGGCUACAGUUUGGUGGGUGGAUUUAAAAGGAAAGGGCAAGACUGAGAAGACCUCAUUUUGGAGGCUCCUCAUACCUGGAUGUGGUCAUAGAGGUGCGGAGAAGGGGAAAGUUAACUACUUAGGAGGUAAAAUGGGAAAGCUGGAGUGGCUGGUUUGGUGUGGUGCUAGAGGGGUGAGAAGGAAUUAUUUGACUCCCAGGUUUUUUGUUGUUCUUCAGUCACUCAGUUGUGUCCAACUACUUGUGACCCCAUGGAUGCAGCACGCCAGGCCUCCCUGUUCAUCACCAACUCUUGGAGCUUGCUCAAACUCAUGUCCAUCGAAUCGAUGAUGCCGUCCAACCUCUAUUGCCUACUUCUCCUCCUGCCCUCAAUCUUUCCCAGCAUCAAGAUCUUUUCCAGCAAAAGGACUCCUAUGGAAGAUGGACAUCUUUCUCCCGUUUCCAGAAUGUGUUUCCAGGCUCAUCAGUGAAACCUGAUCCUGCUGCUCUGUGUUAAAAUGCAUGAAGAACACUCACGGCUCUGACAACGCCAGCUUCCAUCCUGUUGAAACCAUGGUCGUCUCUGCGGUGUUGACAGCGUCCCAUGCUGGGGCAUCCAACACAACGUUUGUAGUCUAUGAAAACACCUACGUGAAUAUCACGGUCCCUCCACCAUUCCAGCACCCUGGCGAUGUUCCACUGCUGAGAUACAGUGUUGAAACCCUGGCUCCCACUGGGAUGAGUUCCUUAACAAUGAAUAGUACUGCUGUGUCCCCAACACCAGCAGCUUCCAAGAGCCUCAACUUGCCUCUCCAGAUCAUCCUUUCUGCUCUGAUGAUAUUUAUUCUGUGUGUGUCUUUUCUUGGUAACUUGGUUGUUUGCCUCAUGGUUUACCAAAAAGCCGCCAUGCGCUCUGCCAUUAACAUCCUCCUGGCCAGCCUGGCCUUUGCAGACAUGUUGCUUGCAGUGCUGAACAUGCCUUUUGCCUUGGUCACUAUUCUUACCACCAGAUGGAUCUUCGGGAAAUUCUUCUGUAGGGUAUCUGCUAUGUUUUUCUGGUUGUUUGUGAUAGAGGGAGUAGCCAUCCUGCUCAUCAUUAGCAUUGAUAGGUUUCUUAUUAUAGUCCAGAGGCAGGAUAAGCUAAAUCCAUACAGGGCUAAGGUUCUCAUUGCAGUUUCUUGGGCAGCUUCUUUUUGUGUAGCUUUUCCCUUGGCAGUAGGGAACCCUGACCUGCAGAUACCUUCCCGAGCCCCCCAGUGCGUGUUCGGGUACACAACCGAUCCAGGUUACCAGGCUUAUGUGAUUUUGAUUUCUCUCAUUUCUUUCUUCCUGCCCUUCCUGGUGAUCCUGUAUUCGUUUAUGGGCAUCCUCAAUACUCUUCGGCAUAAUGCCUUGAGGAUCCACAGCUACCCUGAAGGUAUAUGCCUCAGCCAGGCCAGCAAACUGGGUCUUAUGAGUCUGCAGAGACCCUUCCAGAUGAGCAUUGACAUGGGCUUUAAAACGCGUGCCUUCACCACCAUCUUGAUUCUCUUCGCUGUCUUCAUCGUCUGCUGGGCCCCAUUCACCACUUACAGCCUUGUGGCAACGUUCAGCAAGCGCUUUUACUACCAGCACAGCUUUUUUGAGGUCAGCACCUGGCUGCUCUGGCUCUGCUACCUCAAGUCUGCAUUGAACCCCCUGAUUUACUACUGGAGGAUUAAGAAAUUCCAUGACGCCUGCUUGGACAUGAUGCCUAAGUCCUUCAAGUUUUUGCCGCGGCUCCCUGGUCACACACGGCGGCGGAUACGCCCCAGUGCCGUCUAUGUGUGUGGGGAACAUCGAACGGUGGUGUGAAUAUUGGAACUGCCUGACGUUUUGGGUGAUGGCUGUUCUUUAUCUGACUUUGAAUUUUCUUUCUCAUGGCUUCUCCACUUAAACUUUGUUGUUUUAUUCUUAGGGUAUGUAUAUAUGUGUAUGUGUGCAAUGUGAAGAAAGAAUGGUGAUUAGUUAUAAGUCUGUUACCAGGGAUACACAAUAGGGAAGUGAUCCCAAGUGUUACCUCCAGGGUUCAAGAGAAAUCUUUGAUUUAGGGUGGGGAGAUGGUUUUCUAUAACUUCAGUUGAUGUUGUUUUUGUAGUAGGAAUCAGGAUUGUGCUUUAUUGAGCCUGAAGUUACAUUGAAUUUUAGGUAUAUUGUAUGCUGCUAAGAUAUGCUUAGUUGAGUUUAUAAAUUUUUUUUUUUUCCUGGAAGACACUGCUGCUUUUUGCCAUCACGUUGGAGCCAAAAACCACAUACAUCUCAGUAGAUAGUUUUAUUUAAGAAAAAUAACCCAAGGGGGUAAGUGACAUUUUAAAGGUCAUUAAUAUUUACUUUGGUGCACUUUAAGAAACAAUGUACAGACUAAUUCAGUCAUGUUUUUCAGAAUUGCUUUUAUACAUGACAUGUUGUGCUUUAGGAAACGUUACAUUAUUUCUAGGAAGAUAGUUUUUUUUUUUUUUUAAUUUUAUCUGCAUGUACAGUUUUAAAGGAGAGAACAUAAAAAUGUAGAACUUUUGCUAAGCACAAUAGUGAAUCUUUAGAGAAGUAGGUUAGAGUUGAGAAGAGGGAGCGCCCUCGGAAAUGUAAGUGAAAUGCAGAGAGGCUGUGGCUGGUGGAGGUGGUGGUGGUCCCUUUUACUCACAAAUUCUCUGAGUUCAGUGGGAGAAGGGUCACCAUUUAUUAGACAUCUACCAGGUGUCAGGCACCGCGCAACAUUUUUAUCCUCACAGCGUGCCAUGAGGGAGGCUAUUAUUUCUUCCAUUUGCAGACAAAGAAGGCGAGUCUCAAAGAGACUUAAACCCUGCCCAAGGUUAGUGGUGGAGCCGGGGUCAGAAAAUCCAUCUGCGUCCCGAGACUGCUGUUCUGCCAUACCACACAGACACCUCCUUCAGGUUUGCAAGUUCCAUGAGAAAGAGGGACCUAUGUGUAUUCUUUCAUUUGUUUUUUUUAUUAGACUGAAACCUUCUUUUUUAAGAAAAUAGCUUCAUUUUUUUUUUUUUUAAUUACCAAAAGGAAUUACAUGACAGAAAGUCUGGAAAAUAGGAAAAAAAUAAAAUCAUUCAUAACCUCCUUUAUAAAGUGGAACUUAAAAAUCUUAGAUAAGGGUAUAAGGAAAUAAGGCAAAUUUUUGAUUUGCAAAACAAGUGACAAUUAUCGAGAAGUUAAAUACAGAUGUCUUUAGGUCUUUGCCCUGUAGGUUUGGAUGUUUCCAGUUGUCCAGCUGUAUUUCUCAGUGUUCUGGACAGAAUGCCGUGUGGUUGCCCCGGUGCUUGCCCAGAGCAGAGCUGGCUGUUGAAGAAUGUGAAUGCUUAGAGGUGAACAGAAACCCUGGUCUGAGCCUUGAGCAAGUUUUCAUUGGGGCAGGUCUAGGGUUUCAAAUUCUUCUCUUGCUGAUAAUCUGCCUCUCUCCGCUGCCCCACGUGCAUCUGGGGCCUUCGGUGCCCUUCUCUCUCCAAUUCCGGGAACUAGACGGCCCCCAGAGAUGGGGCUUCAGACUAAGGCCGUCAGUGCUGAAAGUGUAGCCUGUUGGCUGCAUCAUGGACUUUAUAAAUAGUCAAGUUAACCAUGAACCCCUUUUGGAUCUACAGCAUGUUUUUAGAAUUGUUGUGCCUUGUCACCAGUGGGAAGCGAGCCUCUGUUUCUUUAGCUGUACAGCCAGAGAGUUGGACUACAUGAAUCUUCAAGAUCUUUUCCAACUAUAAUGCGACAAUAGAGAUUUUUUUGAAGAGCCCAGCUGACAUCAGCAUCACUCUUUGGUCUCCAGUAUUAUUUUUUUUUUUUUUACAUUUUACUUCUUUUGAUGUCUCUUAAAAUUGGAUGUCUGAAGAGCACGUGGCACCGUGGCAGGGGUUAGGAGUUCAGGAGGUGAAUGUCACCAUGAAAGACUUGAGAAACACUGUUCUUGACGCAGUGGCCUUGUCAUUGGGACUCGUUUUCCAGUUAACUUCUCCUUGGGGACUCAAGCAGAUUAUUCAACACGUUUUGAGAUCAUCUUCUGAUGAGACUCACCUACCUCUUUGGUUCCUUAUUUAUAUUAUUCACAGGUAAAAUUGCUUUUAUCCAUUGGGGAUCUUAUAGAGCAUAAACACUGUAGUAGAUAUUAGUAGCACAUUAAAGUGUAUCAUGCUUUCCAUUUUCAAUAUAAGCUAGAUUUCAGGCAGAUAUUAAUAAGUCUGUCUGAAAUUAGACUUUAUCUGAGGAAAGUCAGCAUGAUCUGUACUCAUCUUACAUGUCGGCAGUAGAUCUUGAGACACCUUUCAUGGUUGGAGUUGAGCCAGAUUUGUUUCCGUGGUCCUGCUUUUAGGAGCAAUCCUUCGGUAAAUUCAGGGCUGCUGGUAGGCAGUGCAGCGUUGGGAGGAGCUCUGGAGUGCCUGCUAAGAGGCGCACUGUUUGUGAAAGACGACCAAGAGGGGCCUUUGUGAGUUCAGCACCCACAUCGAACAGCAGUUCUCUUUACACUGGAUUGUCUUGAUCGAUCAGAUGACAGUUUACAAACCAUUUUGAACAUUUUUAUCACGUAUACAUUUUGAAAGCUUAAAAAAAAAGUACUAUAGUGUACCUUUGAACAAUUUAGGUGUAGUAUCAUAUGUUGCCUCUUCUAUAUUUUCUUGAUGGAAAAAAAUGCCACUAUGAGUUAUCAUCACUGGCUGACAUCAUCAGAAAUGUUUUUCUUUUUCCUUCAGGCUAAUAAGUAAGAAGCAGGAAAGAGAUAAUGAAGUGUUUGUGGUCAAAAGAAAGAGUCAAAAGAAAUCCUUAAUAAUCUGAAAUAGUGAUAUUCAAACUUUCAAAUAUUCAUUUGCAUUUAAGUCUUCCCAGGGGACUUGUUAACAAUAAAUACAGGUCACGAGGGCCCCUAGAGGGGCAUUGGCCCCACCAAGACCCACUUCUGUCUUGUUGAGUGUUUGGUCUGAUUCUGGUUCAGAUGGUCUUUGGGGCAUACUUCAGGAAACACACCUGUGGGAAAUAUAUCCACUUAAAAAUUGUCUGUUUUUCCCAAAAAAUGAUUUGUGUUGCAAAUCUUUAUCUCCCAGUGCUUGGGUAAUCCACACUGAGAAGAAAGUCUGUGUAUCGUCGUGCCUAAUUAGCUGCCACUUGUGUGAGUGCUGGAUCACUCCAGAGUCAGCUUUAUCAUCUUUCAACUGGCACAGUUCUGAUAAGACAUAUAGUUUCAAAGUAGAGCGAAAAGGUGACUUCACAGUUGAAAGUGAUGCCUUUUAAGGAGUCUGAUUCCUCUCAUAUUUUCUUUUCUAGUUGAGAAGUAUCUUUAUUGUAUGUAACCUCCUGAAGAGUAAGGGGAAUGCAAAGAUUUAUCCAAUUCCUAUUGCUCUGCUUACACCAGUUGUGUUCAAUGGAAGCAUGAAAAAAUAAAACAACCAUUUAAAUCUAUGUAUUUCAGUUGCUGACAAGGAUACUUAAUAUUUGCUUUUGUUUACAUGAAAAUAUUUAUGUAUAUAUCACAGGAAAAAUGUUCACUUGCUUGACAUUUUAUUCUUCCAUGAUUUUUAAUGUUUAAAGGACUGUUUAAUUCAGAUUUUCACAACCAUAGUCUUCACUGAAAACUCAAUUUUUAUAAUAAUAAAUGAAAACGUCAAAGCACACGUUUGUUAUUACAAGUAAAUGGUAAUACAGUUCUUAGAUAUUAAUUGGUACUAGUCCUUUGUAAUUAAAAUUAAUUUAUUUUACAAUGGUACCUAACCUAUAUGAAAAAAUCACUCUGAAUUUUGGGUUGUAAUAUUCAAAAUGUACAAUUAUUUGUGCAUAUUCUUAUAGCCAGGAAAAAGGCUACCAAUAAGAAAAUGAAUAAAUGUUUAACAUUUCUAAAAGUGGAGUUUUUUUAAAGGACUACUUCAUUUAUCUUAGGAAAAAAAUUGGCAUGAAUAAUACUUUCUGUUCAAUUAAAAUCUGAGUUUAGUUUCAAUCCUA